CGCGAUACAACUCCACGCUCUCUCUCCGUUUAGGAACUUGCAUAGUUUCUCUUUUACUCUGAACCCUUCAAACCAUGUCAGAAAAGAGUGACAUUAGUGUAUUAGUACAAGAGUGGCUUCGUCUAGAUGAAAAUGAGGAAACACGAACUGAGAUAACCGCCCUCCUCGAGGCUAAUAACUAUGACGAGUUAAAGAAGCGGCUGGCGACUCGCAUUGAGUUUGGCACCGCUGGUCUCCGUGCGAAAAUGGAGGCAGGCUUCUCCCGAAUGAACGACCUGACUGUAUUACAAACUUCGCAAGGCCUUGCAAAGUAUCUGUUGGAGACGGUGCAUGAUGCAAAAGAGCGCGGCGUCGUCAUUGGGCAUGAUCACCGACACCAUUCAGAGAACUUUGCGCGUCUGACGGCUGCUGCAUUCAUCACGCUUGGUUUCCGAGUGUGGUAUUACCAUGCAUAUAUUCACACCCCAUUAGUGCCUUAUACAGUAAAAAAGAAGAAAGCUGCAGCUGGUAUCAUGAUCACUGCGUCGCAUAAUCCCAAGCAAGACAAUGGUUAUAAAGUUUAUUGGGAAAAUGCGUGUCAGAUCAUCCCACCUCAUGAUAAAGGGAUUGCAGCAACUAUCUUGAACCAUUUGACGCCAUGGACAUGGGACUAUAACUUGAUCGAUACGAGUGAUUUAUGCGCCGAGCCUGAGGAGGUUAUUGAUAACUAUUUUAAAGAUCUCGCUGGGCUAUCUCGUUUCCGAUCGGAUAAUGAGGCAUCAUCUCUCAAAUUCGCAUAUACAGCCAUGCAUGGUGUUGGUACACCUUUUGCCAAGCGCGCUUUUGAAGUUUUUGGUCUGCCACCGUUUUUCACUGUGGACGAACAAAUCAUGCCCGACCCCGAUUUUUCUACUGUUGAAUUCCCUAACCCUGAGGAAGGCAAAGGUUCUUUGAGCUUGGCCAUCCAAACGGCUGAUAGAAGCGGGGCACAUUUAAUUCUUGCAAAUGAUCCAGAUGCUGAUCGACUGGCAAUUGCUGAACGAGUAAACGGCGAGUGGAAACUGUUCACUGGUAAUCAGAUUGGCGCUGUCCUUGGUGCGGCUUGUUUUGAAAAAGCAAAAGCAAGCGGUGUUCCCGUUGAAAAGAUUGCCAUGGUAGCAAGCACAGUAUCCUCAAAAUUCCUGGCACGUAUGGCGGAAGUAGAAGGCUUCCGUUUUGAAGAAGCAUUGACAGGCUUUAAAUGGAUUGGGAACAAAGCAAUUGAUCUCGAAAAGGAAGGAUAUUACGUUGCAUUUGCUUACGAAGAAGCCAUCGGAUUCACUAUUGGUGAUUUGGUCAAGGAUAAGGAUGGUAUCAGCGCUUUGGGCUUUUUCUCAGAAUGGGCUGUCCAACUGCAAAAGCGUGAAUUGACCAUCAAUCAGUAUUUGGAGACGCUCUAUGCAAAAUACGGCUACUUUGUGUCGGAAAAUUCGUAUUUUAUCUGCGACGAUAAGCAAGUCAUAAAGACGAUUUUCGAAAGGAUACGGUAUGGUUAUAAAGAGACUCAAGAGAACAUGAAGUCUGGUAAAUAUGAGUAUCCGAGAGAUAUUGCUGGAUACCGCGUCGUUGGUGUACGCGACCUCACUGUUGGAUACGAUUCCAACACUCCUAGUAAUAAGCCUACAUUGCCAGUGUCAGCCUCUUCAGAGAUGAUCACCUUUAAACUGGAGAAUAACGCAAUUUUCACCAUCAGAACAAGUGGUACCGAGCCCAAGGUCAAAUACUACUCAGAAUUACGCGGCGACUCGGAGGAACAAGCAAGGAAAGAUUUGAGCAAAGUAGUUCAGGCCAUUGGAGACGAGCUUGUGGAAUACCAGCAAUACAAUCUGUUGUGGCGUCGUUAACAUCUAGAAACAUGGUUUUUGUCUAAAUAAAUUACAAUAGCUUUAUAGUAAUA